AUGCAGCGUCUUCCUCAGCGUUUGCGUGUCGCCUGCGGGUAUCCAAAUAAUCUAACUAGACAACAAAAGAAGGAUGUAAAAGAGCUGAUGUCAAUAUUAUCUCAGAUGUACCUGUGCAAGGAAUGUGCUGAUCAUUUUAAAGAAGUUCUAAGAUCAAAUCCUGUACAGGCUCGAUUUCAGGCUGAGUUUUCCCAAUGGUUAUGCCAUGUACACAAUGUUGUUAACAGAAGCUCUUGCAUGAUCGAGUUCGCCGUUCACAAAGCUUCAACUGCUGUCUCUCAACUCUCAACCAUUUCAGAUCGUUCAACAAAUCAAAACCCAGAUCUUUCAGUUUUCAUCACCCGCUGUUCCAGAUCGGGUUCGCCGUUUGCAAGCUUCAACCGCUCCCUAGUAUUUCCCUGUGAACGAGUUGGUGCGCGGUGGGGCGAGUUGGAGUGUGAACAGCGUGCGUGUGAUCUACAAGGAACUACAACAAAUUUUGGCAAUGAUAUACAUUAA